AUGCAUUCCAAACAGUCAUGGUUUGAAAAAGCGGCAGCUCUUGCCGAUUUAGAUUUGGAUGACAGUGCCUUCGGCCAGAACGAUGAUACUGCCAGUGCCAAAGAGGAUUUAAAAAGAGAGAAAAAAGCGUUGUCUACGCUACUGAAACGCCUACUGUCACAGCCAUUGCCUGCUAGUAACAUUCAUUUAAAGAAGACUCGUUAUGUAACUGCAGAAACAGCGUCAAACUACGACAGGUCAGUGACACGUAGUGCAAUUGUAUCACUGAUGGAAAAUGGUGAACAUGAGAAAGUUCUGAAGAAAAAAUGUCGCACCAUCUCAGCGCGCUAUCUUCAAAACAUGAAAAACAGGAAGAAAAGAGGAAAAAGGCGAUAG